AUGCAUGUAUACAAUGAGAAGAGAGUGGCCCAAAAUGUAUCAUCAGAAGGAAAUUUUGCCCGAGCCUCUGGUUUGAGCACCAUUGCUGUCAUUAUGACCUGGCCAUUGCUCCCAGAUAAUCAAAAUCAUCUGAAACACUUGGAGGAUCCAACCGUUGGCUUCAGUGCAAAAAGGGCAGCUCUUGCUGCUGGCUACACAAGCGAGCCAUCCACUUCGGUCCCUAUAGCCACGGGAUUAAAGCCCGUUGACACACCGACUGCAGCUCCAGUGGAGGUGCCGCAGUGGUUCUGCCGUAGUCGUCAGCAGCCUUUUGGGAGAACAAAGAAGUCCGUAGUCCGGGCUUACAGUAUGGCCCGUCACUCCGUCGUUCAGGUCUACGCCUCCCUUGACGUAUGCGGAGUUGGUUUGGUCACCGACGGCUGA